AUGUGGCCCCGGCCCCGCCCCGCCCACCCCCGGGGGCCGGGCCGCCCACAACCGAGCCGCCGGGGAGGCGCGCACACGGCGCCGGUCCCGCCCGUCCACCCGCCACAAUGCUUGGCGCCGCCGCCGUCCCUCCUAACGCCGUCCCCGCUCGGCUUCCCUAGGACAGGCCGCUCGAGGGGGCCCCCAACUCCUCCUGGACGCCCCCCUGAACCCUUCCGUGCGCCCCUCUCCAUGCGCUCCCGCUCCGGGGCCCGGCCGGGCGGGUGA